AUGGAUGGAAGUAGUAAAGGCAACACGAAAAAUGAGGAGAGUAACGACAAUGAGAAAAAUAACAAGGAGGAGAAUAAAAUAGAUAUGGGGGGAUUUCAAUUCUUUGCUAAUACCUGCGAAGAGAAGUUAAAACUUUUUUUGGAAAAUUAUUUCAGCGCGAAAAGCACCGCGGAUUUAACCUUCAAAGCGGAAAAUCAGGUGGUGGGCAUCCCCACAGGGGGGAGUGCUGAAACCAAUGGCGAAGAAGAUAGAAAGGAAGAAGAUACAAAUUGUAGCCUUAAUGACCAUUUGGCAAAUGACUCCUCCAACGAUAACGAAGAUGAACAGGAAAAUUACUUUGAAAAGAAUCCCCCCGUGAAAAGCAAUUACGACAAAAUGGCCAUCAACCUGGUGGACGAGGUGCAGCAGUUCAUAAAGCCCUACGUCAGUGAGCGCCACAAAAUUGUCAUCCAAGGAAUUAUCGGGGAGAACAAGAAGCAGGGGAUUCACGUUGCCUCCAAGUCCCUCUGGAACGUCGAGACAGAUAACUAUAUUUCGGCGAAGUACGUCAACGAUUUCAUUUUUGUCACCGUGAUGGUCUUCCUUUUGUAUAACGAGUGA